CGCUUGCAACAGGCAAUAGGCUAGACAGCUUUCUCUCAGGACCCUGAAGGGGAGGUGGUUGCUACGCAGAGAAGACGCUGUGGCUGAGCCGUUGUCAGGGAAACGCGGCCUGGGUUUUAGUUAAUGGUUUGCUGCCUAACAUUUAGCCGCUUCUUAAGGCAGAAUUGUACAGGAUAAUGGGGUUGGAGACGGAGCCGCUUUUGCAGGCCUGGAGCUACUUUCGGCGACGGAAGUUCGAACUCUGUUGUCAGACGUGCACACGGAUUUUGGAGCAGGAACCCUAUGACCAGGUAGCAUGGAGUCUAAAAACCCGUGCCCUCACUGAGAUGGUUUAUGUGGAUGAAAUUGACGUUGACCAGGAGGGCAUAGCAGAGAUGAUGUUGGACGAAAAUGCAAUUGCUCAAGUGGCUCGCCCUGGGACAUCUCUGAAGCAAGCAGUAGGCAAGAAGUUUGAUGGCCCCAGUCCAGCUGUCAGACCAGUAACUCAGUCUGGAAGACCUAUUAGUGGGUUUGUACGUCCUAGUACUCAGUCUGGUCGUCCCGGAACCAUGGAGCAGGCUAUCAAGACCCCUAGAACCGCAAGUACAGCACGUCCUAUCACCAGCGCAUCUGGCCGAUAUGUGCGCCUAGGAACGGCCUCUAUGAUUACAAAUCCAGAUGGAGCAUUUAUAAAUUUGUCCAGACUGAAUUUGGCAAAGUAUGCACAACAUCCCUACCUGGCAAAGACUUUGUUUGAAUACAUAUUCCACCAUGAAAAUGAUGUGAAAAAUGCCUUGGACUUGGCAGCCCUUGCAACUGAACAUUCCAACUUCAAAGACUGGUGGUGGAAAAUGCAACUAGGAAAAUGUUACUAUAGACUAGGAUUGUACCGAGAAGCUGAAAAGCAGUUUAAAUCAGCCCUGACACAUCAGAUCAUGGUGGAUAUGUUUCUUUACCUUGGAAAGGUGUACAUACGGAUGGACCAGCCCCUGACAGCAUUAACUCUUUUUAAGCAAGGAUUAGACCGGUUUCCCAAAGAAGUGAGCAUUCUGUGUGCCGUGGCCCGAAUACAUGAGGAAAUGAACAACAUGAUAUCUGCAACAGAGUACUACAAGGAAGUUCUCAAACAGGACAAUACUAAUAUAGAAGCCAUUGCCUGUAUUGGAAGUAACCACUUCUACACUGACCAGCCAGAAAUAGCACUUCGCUUUUAUAGGCGACUUUUACAGAUGGGUGUGUAUAACUGUCAGCUCUUCAACAAUCUUGGCUUGUGUUGCUUUUAUGCCCAGCAGUACGAUAUGAUACUUACUUCAUUUGAACGAGCAUUGUCUUUGGCUGAAAAUGAAGAUGAGGUAGCUGAAGUUUGGUAUAACCUUGGACAUGUAGCAGUGGGUAUAGGGGACUUGAAUUUAGCAUACCAGUGCUUCAAGCUGACUUUGUCCAAUAACAAUGACCACGCAGAAGCCUACAAUAACUUGGCUGUCCUAGAGAUGCGUAAAAAUCGUGUUGAGCAGGCCAGAGCUCUCUUACAAACCGCCUCUUCUCUAGCGCCGCACAUGUAUGAACCACAUAUUAAUUUUGCUUUCUUGUCUGAGAAGAUUGGAGACCUUCAGAGCAGUUACGUCGCUGCACAGAAAUCAGCUGCUGCUUUCCCUAAUCAUGUUGAAACUCAGCAACUUAUAGAAAAAUUGAGGCAGCAUUUUGCAGUGAUUUGAUAUACUGUAAGAACGGCUGGUAAUAUCACGCUAGAUAGCAAUGAUUAGUAACCUAAACCAGGAUUUAGGAUCUUUAGGCUGAUGUGAAUAGAGACAGCAGUGUGCACAUAAAAUACCAAAGCUCUAACCAUUCCAUGCAACAAAUUAGAAUCUACAAUAAGUUGCUGGCAAGAAGGUUACUGACAGUCUGUGAUGUAUAUUUUGCUUUUUGGUAUUCCAUCCAAAAGGAUGAAAAAGAGAGUCUGUAGAAACCAUUAAAGGAAAUGUAUAUGUACAGUACAUUAAAGCUGCUAACUUUUUAGCCAUUUUCCCCCAACCCAACGGCUAGUUUAUUUUCACUCACUUCGUUAGCUUACUUUUUGUAUUGGCAGUAGAUGCACUUCUCUAUAGACUCCUGUUGCCAUCUUGAUCUAUUUGCCUGGUGCUUCUGAGAAUGUGCAUGCACUGAUUGCUCAUUUCUCUUUAGUGUGCAACACUUUGCUUUGGCAACAAAAAGCUUUCCAUCUAAUUGGUGAUCUGGCAGUAGUAGAGAAUGCACAGUCAGAUAAUGUGAAAAUCACAGCACUGACAUUCUAGCCGCAUUAGUAAUGAAUGCACAUGCAAUGCCCCGGCCACUGGAUUUAGCAAACCAUAAAAUGAAAGUAUGCGAGACAGGUGCUAUAUUCUAUGGAAACAGCAUGGAACUUUGCAGACAAACUAAAUAGAGCUAAGCAGCACUGCGAUUAUGCUUUAUUAUAUUGUAAACAUAACUUAACUUCCAGAUCCAGAGCAGUCGCUGGCAAGGGGGGGGGCGUUAACCCAACAAGUUGUUUAAAAGGAUUUAAUGUCAGAAUGUCAGAGUAGAUCAGAAACAAUAAAGUCUGUUACUAGCUAGAAUAGGCUGCCAGAAUCUAUUACAAUAGAGAUGCGUAAACUUAAAGGAGAAGGAAAGGUAAAACCACUGGGGGGUAGCAAAUGUUAUGCACCAACUAAUUAUUAUAAUUCCUUGCCUGACACCCUGGGCCGAUGCUACAAACUGCACUGUCCGGGGGUACUUUUGAACAUACGUACUUUGUGUCAGGUACCCAUGUGGCGUAGAACGAGAAGCUGAACUUUAUAGCAACAAGACGGCUUUUUCACUCUACUGUAUACGGUAAGCGUUAGAAGAAGAUGAUUCCUCAGUGCUGCUCACUCAGAACUACCCCAGGUCAUUGCAUUUCCAAAUUUAUUAAGAUUUCCUAACUGAUAUCCAAGACUUGGCCCCUGGGCAAUAGGCCUAACCUCUAGGAAAACAAUCUGUCCCAAACAGCGAUCCUCCAGUGAAAAAAAAUUGCCAUUGGAAUUUACUUGCCAUCUCAGUUUUUUCCAUUUAAACCAUAACUUAAAUGGGUUAUACAAUAAAUAUAACCACAUAAAAUACAACUGUCAGGUGGCAUAAAAGAUAGUACUCAUUUUUAUAAAUUUGCCAUUUUUACAGUGUUUGUGGUGUUAAGAAUUUUAUACAGCUUAAUAAAUAGACCCCUUAGUGAUUUAAUUCACUGGGAGGUGCCUAACAUGUUGGCACACCCAGUGACUCUACUUCCUUUCCGUUAGCCUGUCACUUGUCAAACAGUGUGACAUCACACUAAAGAAGAAUUCCGUUUUUCAUUAUAUGAAUCACAGUAUAUAUACAAUAUCUAAUGUUCAUUGGAUGCUAAACAAGGUAUGUGUUAUUAUCUAGUAAUGGCAUGGAUUUUUCAUUUUAGAUUUUUUUAUCUUUCCUUAACGGUUUUUAUCAGAUUAGUCCCCUGCUGAGCUUACUGUGCAACCUUCUAGUUUUAGGAGCUUUUCACCUGGUCAUUUAAGAUUUUUUUUAAUUAUGAUGAUAAAGAACAUUCUAGUAUAUGAUAACUUUUAUUCCAUGUAUUCUGACUGAAAAUAUCUAUUUGCCAGUUUAAUAGAAAAGCUACAAAAGCACUUGUAUAUAAAAUGAUUGCAUUUAUUACAGAACCUAUGACCAAUAAAUCAUAGUUUUGCAGCA